AAGAAGAAGAAGAAGAAGAAGAAGAAGAAGAAGAAGAAGAAAGUCUUCAUUUUGCGCGCCUACGUUACAACGACCAGAUCUGCGGUGUAUAAGGAAACAGAAGUCACUCAAUAGAUAUGAGCCAGAUGGAGACUCGUUUCAGUAAAAGGACACGUGAUGGUGGGAUAAAUGAAGCUGGUGAAGACAUGCUACAGGUUGUUGAGGAGGCUAAUGAGGACCAGCCACGAGAUACAGAAGAGGUCACAGUUCGACCAAAGUCAAAGAAGCAGAUGAAGCAUUCCCCAAGGAAAUUAU